UUCGUUAUUAAAUUUCAAAGUGAUCGGUUCGGGACUCCUGUGUUCUUCCCACUUAAAAUAAUAGGAUCCCUAGCAAAUAUGUCACCCAAAUACUCUUUCAUUGCAUUGGCAUUAUUGAUCGGCUUCUGCGGAGCUGAUGUGUCGGAAAUAAAGGCGGAUAAGGUUGCCCUGCCAUUCAACGACUUACUGCCACCCCUCCAGGAUGAACCGAGCACCACAACGACAACCACGACAACCACGACAACUGCAAGGCCAGUCACAACGUUGGCCACAAAGCCCACCAAAAAAUCGUAUUACCAGAAGCCAGCUCAGCUGGCCAAGGAGGAUAAAUCGAAGUCCAUUGCCGGCAAGCAGGACGUGCAGGACCUCCCUCUCGAUCUGCUGCCACCCUUCGAGGAUGAUGCCAAGCCAGCGGAGGACAAGCCUCAGUCGGUGGUGAAGACCACGCCCAAGCCUGCGAUCAAGGUCGCUACACCCUCUACCCCCAAGGUCACACUUCCGGCUGUUCCCCGUCCCCAGUACUCGGUUCAACCAGCCCCAGCACCCCGCCCACAGUACUCGGCUCAACCACCUCCGGCGGUUCUGCCUGCCCCAGUUUCCGCUUUGAGGAGCGGCUUCCAGUCCCGGUUCUCCAACUACUUCCUCACCAGCACCGUCCGACCACGACGUGGUCCUUUGCCCACGAUCACUCCAUUCCCGCGCCACGUCCGGCGGUAGGAAUCAACCUCACUAGAUUAGAUAAGCAACCAUUCAAAGGCCAAGUCAGAGCAUAAAAUAAAUAAGAUACGACACACACUGAGAUAAUGAGUGAACUCUAUGCGGUAUUAUUUAAAGCGACUGUUGAAGCAUGAAACUCACACAAAAUAUUCGAAGAUUUCAAAUGUUGAUGGAUCUUAAAUAAUUUAUGAAUGCAUAGGAGUGAACAUUUUUGACCAUCGAGGCACUAACAUCUGUUAGCAUUUUGCCAAGUCAGGUUAUCUAUUUUAAAUGAACACCUUUGUGGCGGAAUUAUAGUGGGUGCAGUGGAAACUUGAACAUUAAAUGAUAAUUAUUUUUAAGAAAUUUCUUUCAAUCUUCCAAUUAAUCAAAAUAGUUUUUAUAGUUCCUAAGGGAUUUACACAAACUUGUAGAAUGUAAUUACAAUUUAUAAAUACAAUACCACUUUUGUUUGAAA